GAUGUCAAUGGUGCGGAUGAUGAAGAAGAUGAACAAGCGGCUGCGAGGGUCCGAAGCGGACAGAGCACUCGCAGUGUGAGCUGAAUGCGAAGGGAGUGAUAGCUAGAUCCGAACACCUCGCCACCUCCAAGCUCGCCAAUCUUCUUCGUCCUCCUCUUCCUCAUACGACUAGAUCACAAACCAGUCCUGGCUUCGUGAUCACCUCUGUUUUUUAGCACGCUCGUGGAUCAGCCCCCAUCGCCAUGAGCCACGAUGUAUCGGAAUCGUUGGGCGGGAACGCUUACCCCGAGUUACAAGCGCAUUUGGAAGGGUUGAAGGCGGCAGCGGAAGCAGCAGGGUCGUGUUUAUUCCACGAGAUCAAUGAUGCUGUCACUUGGAAGAAGCCGGCAUUCUUCACUUGUUCCAGCGGAGUCAUGCUCUGGGGCCAGUUGCACUCUCUCAUGCAAGGAUCCGUUGAGAAGAAUCUCGAUAGCCAGCUUGGCCCAUAUACGAAGAAUAAACCUGGAGAUUGCCAUAGCACCAUCUUGCAGCAGGCUUUUCGAUACAGAGUGCCGGCUCGCAAAGGCCUGUGGAAGGUGGAGGUAGCAUAUCUUGGCGGCGUCGCAUCCUCCCCGCCCAUUGGGUUCGUGUGCCACAACGUCGAUGUGGAUGGGGCAGAUCUGUUGCUUCGAGCGGCUGUUGUAGGUGCCUCCCUCUCCAAUGAUCAUCAAGAUCGUGAAAUUGUUUUCGUCAAUCGUUACGAUUGGGGACGUUGGGGCUGUUGUAGAGGUGACACCCUCGUGACAGAAAUUCUCGAACCGGAGGAAAAUUCGAAGGGUCUAGGAAAAAAGACUAGCUCCGAGGAUAAAUUUGACGACGAAGAGUAUUCUGAAUACCUUGUGGCGAACAGGUUCAUGCUUGUGGACGCGCAGGGUUUCCCUCAUCUUGUUCAAGCACUCAAAGAUGGAAAGAAGCUCGACAGACAAAAUUACCUUUUUAGUUAUCAGAAGGAUUCUACUUCUUCUUCGACAACGCCUUCAGAGGAAUCACCUUCAGACUCUUUUGGCGUCAACUUGUGCAUAGAUGAAUUUGACUAUGAGCUCGGUUGGAUGGCAUUUCAGAAUGGAGAGCUUGUUGGAUUUGUGUAUGACGGAGUAUAUUGUGAUCUGGACGCAAGCCGUUUGAGGUAUGGCGAAACUGUGGUUGAAAAACCCGUGGACACAUCUCAUUCUGAUGAUUGCGGCGACUUCAGUUAUGGCAAAGCAAUAAAUCCCUUUCACUGACAAGUGUCUGCAACCAGUUCCGCAUUUGGCAGCCCCGGGAAAGUCUCAAGAAAUGCAUGUGCAUCUGCAUCCUCCUAUGUUUCUCUCCUAUUUCAACCCGGUCACAUAAUCAUCGUAUUGAAGUACAGGAGGUGUGAAGUAUAUUUCAGAUCUCAAACAUGUUUCAGGUCUACCACGACCCAACUAAUUAUCGCUUCUAAAUAUCAGUUUGCAAGCUGCUAACUUUUACUCAGGAUCACUAGAGCUAGAAUGGAGGUUUGACUACAAGCCCACUGUCAGCUUCAAUUAUUGUCUUGAUAAUCUGUGCUCUCGUGUAAUUCUCAAUUAAAUUGUCUGGAGCAUCAUGGUGAACCCUUUCGAGCCACAGCGAGAAGUUGGUGUAGACGCGCAGAUUGUUAACUUUAGUCUUGGUCAGUUCAACGGUUCUUCGAUCAGAAGGGAAUUGACUUAAUGCCUCGAUGCAGGUACACUUGUGAGACAAACAAUAGGCAUGAUGUUGUGCGUUGUUGAAGUGACAAUUAGCUGCAAUUUGUUCAGUUUCUUAAUCAGAUAGAUAGUCCUCAGUUGAAUUGCCAGCAUGUUAUAUAGCUACGUGUACCGUUUAUUCAUUGGUCACAGUGAACUUUAUUACCAACCGACAAGAUCAGCAAAAGCAGAUGGUGCAAUGAUUGAAACCGUUCUUCUGUCUUUCUUAUAACUGCGAGUGUAUCUUUUUCUCUCAUUGAUAGCAGUGAAAAAAAGGGAAACAUUAAAUUC